AUUUUGAAAUUGAAAAGCCAUUGCAUCUUGUUGAUUUAAAUGUCAACUCCAUGAAAUUCAUAACAUUGAACUAUCAUGCUUUGAAAACAAGGUCAUCUGAAUGUAUGCGUUUUGAAUUCACUUCUUUGAAAUUCAUGGCAUUUCAAGUUAAACAAUUUCCAAAACACUAAGAAUUCAAUUGCUAGACAUUCAGAAUUCAAAACGUUAUGGCAGUGAUUUGCCUCCAUAGCUGUGAAGUAAUUGCUGUGAACAUUGUAAGAAAAAAAGAAGAAAAAUGAAUACUCAAUUUACAAGAAAAUGUAAAAUUGAUCAAAAUUAUAGUGGUUCCAUUUCCUGGUCAAACUAACUAACAGGACUAAUGGUCACAAAAGUGCUCUUUGUGUUCUAUUCGGGGGACGAAAUUACUAAGAUUGAUUUCUGUGACUACUAAGAAUGAAUUUCAAGAUUGCAAAUAAAUGAAAAGAUAAUGUCCUAAUUAAACAACCACUGUCUUUUAACAGUAUAGGCCUAGUGCAACUUCGGAACAUGGAAUAGAUGUAAUACAAACGUCAUUCAGCAUUGAAUAUAUUAUGAUACAUGGAAUGCAUACAUAUUCAAAUGUUUACCAAAUUGCAUAUUUUUACCUUUUCAAUUAUCCUACAUCACCACAACAUGUAACAUGUAGAUGCCAGUUGAUUUCUAAACAGUUACUUUCAUGCAUUUUGUCCUUAUAAUCAGAAAUUAAAGAAACUGUUUACAUAGACUAUAGAGACUUCCUAUAGACAUUUUACAUAAAUGCACAAUAAAACCAUACUACAUGCUUUUUGAAGCCUCUAUUCCUAAAUCUUAAAAGACUGCACUAUCUGAUAGCCUACAUAAUGGCAACCUAUUGAUCCUUCAUUGCUACAAUCCUGACUGAACAUACGCACCAACCGAAGGGGAGACCUAAUACAAAGCCAAUGCACAUAUGCAAUAAUAAAUGAUAAAAGACAUGUCCUUUUUAAUUGGCCCCACAGGACUGCAGACGAUGCCCAACGUUUGAAUCCGCUGGGGGAUGAGGCUGUCAAUCAAAGCUCAUAUUUAUAGCAGAGCCACCGAGCCUGUGCUUACUCACAGCAGACGUACGGAGACAGACACCUCCAGCUCCUCCGAACACCACCAGGGACCGGCUGGUCCUCUCCACAAGUUGGUAUUAGAUCCCACUCCAGAGGGACUUUUAUUAGUUUGACCCAUCGUGAAACAUCGUCAAUCUUGCAAACUUUCCUUUCAUCUCCUUGUGACCCUCCGACGUUGGACUUUUUUUCCCCCCGACCGUCUGCCGCCGUCAACUCCGUCACCAUGGAUACCGAGCCGCCCGGCUCGGACAACCGCACGGUGGUGAACGGCAGCUCGGCGGACCAGAGGUUCUACCUGGACCGCGGCUCCUACCAGCACCUGGACCCCGGGGACCUGCGCUCGGUGGUCCCCGCCCUCCUGGGGGUGCUGUGCGCCGUGGGCCUGGCCUGUAACCUCAGCGCCAUGGCCGCGCUGGUGUCCAACGCCCGCCGGGGCAAGCUGUCCCUGGUCAACGGCCUCAUCUUCAACCUGAUGCUGGCCGACGGCCUGGUGCUGGCCUUCAGCGUGCCCUUCCGCGCCGCCGCCUACCACCGCUCCAGCUGGACGCUGGGCUGGCCCGUGUGCAAGACGGCCGACUGGUUCUUCCAGUCCUGCAUGGCGGCCAAGAGCUUCACGGUGGCGGUGAUGGCCAAGGCCUGCUACCGCUACGUCUCCGGCCCCAACAAGCAGGUGAGCCUCCGCCCGGGCUCCGUCCUGGUGGUGCUGCUCUUCACCUGGCUGACGGCCUUCUCCGUCACCGCCCCCCACCUGCUGUUCGCCACGCUGCGGCGGGAGAGCCGCGGGCUGGUGUGCGUGAUGGCGCCGCCCCCGGAGAGCCGGGACUUCAUGUGGGUGUACGUGAAGGCGUACCCCCUGGCGGUGUUCUGCCUCCCCCUGAGCUUCGCCGUGCUCUACUUCUGGAAGGCGUACGGGCGGCGCCGGCGGCGGGCCACCAAGACGCAGAACCUGCGCACCCAGAUCCGCUCCCGGAAGCUGACGCUGAUGAUCUUCUGCCUGACCGCGGCCAUGGCUCUGCUCUGGCUGCCCCACUGGGUGAUGUGGAUGUGGGAGCGUCACCUGGCCGAGAGGGAGCGGGGCGAGCAGGUCGGCUCCUCUCCUCCCCUCCUGCUCUCCCUCUCCGCUCAGCUGCUCACCUUCUCCCUGUCGCUGGUGAACCCGCUCGUGGUGCUGUCGCUCUCCGAAGAGUUCCGCGAGGGCUACUGGGGCCUCUGGAGGCGGUUCACCCUGCGCAAGCAACCCCCGCCCAAAGCCAAGCCCGGGCCCCACAACCCCACGUCCCUGAUGUCCCCUCACCCGAGACCGGAGACCUCGGGCCAGCAGAGAGAGGAUCACCCUCCCCAGGCCUCCGCCACAUCUGUUCACGGCCCCAACACGGAGAGUCUGCGUCAGCCCCAGGCGGAGGAGGUGGAGGAGGAGGUGGAGGAGGAGGGAUGCGGAGGCGACGGGACGGAGGCGGAUGAGACCAGCCUGAAAGACGGCGUCGCGUUGCCCGACGUGGAGCAGUUCUGGCACGAGAGAGAGGCUGGAUCUGUGACGGAUGACAACGACCCCGUGCCCUGGGAGCACCAGGGAGGGGGGGAGACAGUGGGGAAGGUGGGGAUCUGAUCGCUG